AUGGAUCGUUCAUCCUCAAUACCUCGUUCCAACUCAUCAAGAUAUAUACCAUAAUCACAACCGUCAUCCUAUAGACAGACAGCUGCAUCAGCAUAGUUGUCAAACUCCUAAAUGAGAUUUAUGAAUGAUUUAGUUCAGCAAUAGCCACCAAGUUAACGACAAGCCUUCAAUAAUCAUCUUGAGCAAUUAACACCUCAAGAAAUUAGGGAAAUUUAAUAGAGGUUAGAAAAUGGAGAAGAACUGCAUGGAUUACCAUAAUUGCCUCAAGGAGCAAACAUGACUCAUAAAUUUAUUGUUAAAGUUAGAAAUCAUGAACUACCAAAUCAAAGAUUUCCAUCAAUCAAACAAUCCCAAUCACCUUAACCGAGAAAUGCACUCUAACAAUGUCCAGAUUGCAUUAACCAUCUUAAAAAAUUAAAAGAAUAAGAUAAUAGGAUAGAAUCAUUAUUGGUGGAAAUGAAUAGAAUGAGUUAGUUCUUGGUCGAUAAGGGCAAAGAAAUUGAUAUGUGGAAACAAUAAUAUUAGGCAAUACAGAAAGAACUAAUUAAACCAAAAACACCUGAUACUCAAGAUAAAAAAGAAAUUGAAGAUCUAAAAAGAAAACUCAAUCAAAAAGAAUAUGAAAAUUAAUAGCAAUAAGCAAAAAUUAAGUAAUUGUAGAAUAAUCAACAACCAAAUAAUGAUAAUUUUGAGUUGAGAGGAGGUAAUAAUGAUGUGGAUGUCGAUUAAUUACAAAAGGAGUUAUUUGAUCUUCAGCAAGAUAAUGAAAUACUUAAGCAAGAUAAUGAUAGACUCAAUUCAAAAAUUGAGAGACUACAGAAUGAAUUAUCCAAUAAAAAGAGUGAAGUCACCCCCAUUUAUAGACCAGAUCCUGAAACUGAAAGACUUUUCAAAGAAUUGUAGUCCAAAUACAGCAUUUUAUAAUCUUAAUAUUUCACAUUAUAAGAAAAGACUUAGAAUGUUCAAAAGGAGAUCUAAUAUGAAACAAAGGUAAUUUAUCAAACAGAUCCAGAUAUUGAAAAGCAAUUGUAAGAAUUGCAAUCCAGAUAUACACUAUUACAAUCCUAAUUUUAUUCACUUUAAGAAACUAGUAGGAUCAUGCAAAAGGAAAUGCAGUAUGAAAAUAAAGUCAUCUAUCAAAAUGACCCUGAAAUAGAAUAAUUACUUUAAAAAAAAAUCAGACAAUAUGAUGAAUUGAACACUAGAUACUAAUUAUUGUAAGAUUAAUUGCAAGUCUACCAAGAUAAACUCAAAUAAUAAAGUAUGUAUGAAACUCGCACAAUCUAUCAACCAGAUCCUGAAACUGAAAGAUAAUUAUAAUUAAAAAUUGAUCAAUACAAUUAAUUAUAACUGAGAUAUAACUAAUUGUAAACCCAAUACUACAUCAUUGAAGAAAAGGCUAAAUUUGUUCAAAAAGAAGUUGAUCCUGAGGUUGAAAGAAUUUUGAAAAUUAAAUCUUAGUAAUUAGAAACCAUGACAGCCAAAUGCACCUUGUUCUAAGAAUAAAUAGAAAAAUAAUAAAUUUAAAUUGAAACGUAUAAAACGAAAAUCUAUUAAUUCGAAAACAGAAAAUCAGAUAGUGAGAAUUAUCUAUUAUAAAUCCAAUCUCUUAAAGACUAACUCAGAAAACAAAAUACAGAUAUAGAAUAAUACACUCGGAAAAUAUACUUGUAUGAAUAGAAUACUGAAUAAGAUUAAAGUGUGAAAAGAUAGUUGAAUGAUGUUAAGGCUUUGUAUGAACAAGAACUAUCAUUAAAUUAAUAAUUAAAAAGAAAAAUAGAUGAAUUCAAAAACACUCAAUAAUAAUACGAUACACUAUAAUAUAGAAUUAAAGAACUUGAAUAAUUACUAAUAUCAAAAGAAGAUAGAAUUAAAUAAUUAUAGUUGGAAUCAGAUUAAUAUAGAUCAGACAUUGUAACGUAUUAGUAACGAAUAUCCACAGUAUCUAUUAAUAUGGAAAAUACCAACUCAUUGAAAGAGUAGAUAUAAGUCUGGAAAGAAAAAUAUGAUAAAUUAGAAUAAAAAUAAAAACUCCUUAUCGAUUAAGAAGUUAACUAAUGGAAAAUUAGAUACGAAUAAAUUGAAUAACGAUAUGUAGCAUUGCAAUAAAGUUAUGAGACAAUUUAAAUAACUUUAAAUGAAUAUAAAGAGAAUCAAUAAAGUGAAGUCUAUAAAAUGGAGAUAAAGAGAUUAUAAAAAACUGUCAUUGAAUUAAGAAGUGAAAUAGAUAAAUUAUUGGUCUAAGCAUCAGACAAUUAAUGGCUUUAAAAAAGAUAUGAAGAACAAUAAUUAUUAAUUGAAACCUAUAAAUCUUAAAUUGAGUAAAAACAAUAAAUUUAAAAGGAGUAUAUUUAUCAAAUUGACAAAUCUGAAAGUAAUAGUUAGAAAGUAAUAAAAUAAUCAUCAGUUUAAUAAAUAAAUAUAGAAUCAUAAUCUAUUUAUCCAUAACAAUAAAUGAGAGCCUAUGAGAUGAACAAAAAUUAACCAAGAACUUCAGAAUAUAGCAAUUAUUCCUCACGACCAGUUGAAUUAAAUAGUUCGAAAGUAAAAACGACUUAUUCACAAGCCUAAUUUCUGUAACCUUUAACAAAUAAUAUAAGUGAUACAAAUAAAAAUAAAGUUGAAUAAGAGUUUAAUUCUUAAAGAUGGAACAACAAUUAUGAAAUGGUGAUAGAUGAAGUAACCAAAACAGAUAGAUGGGUUUAAUGA